AUAUCAAUAGCAGUUUCUCCCGAAUAAAAGUAAAUAGCGUGCUCCGUAUGUCUGUUGUAAUGAAAAUUAUCAGUUUCCUCGGCUGGUGGCUUAGGAAACAGGAUGUGAAAGAGGUGGAAAAAGUUGAAUCAUGGUUAGAUGAGCAUCCUCAUUUUGUAUACGACUAUUUUAUACGAAAGGCAUCUCGACAGAUGGUGGAUACAUGGCUUUUGGUUCAUUCUGCACCUCAGGGCAUGGUACAAGAAAGCUCUUCGACAAACACUACCCCGACGAGCACCAACUCUGGUUCGACGACUCCUGUCAGAAAAAUAUCUGCUCAGGAGUUCAACAGAAGCGGGCUUCUGGGCCCCAUCGUCAAUACGACAGUGGAUGGCAUUCCGACGUUUCUCACAUUUCCUCUGCCGGGCGAUACUGCCUUGCCUUCUUUCAACAGAGCAGGUCGGAAGAGUCGGCAGGAGCUUCGGGCCCUAGACGAGCGGGAGUUGAUCUUCGAGCUCGUCAAGGACAUCUGCAACGACCUUGAGAUUCGAAGUCUGUGUCAUAAGAUCUUACAAAACGUCAGUAUCCUAACUGAUGCCGAUAGGUGCUCACUGUUUCUUGUCAGGGGAGAAAAAGGGCAACCUAAUAGGUGUUUAGCGAGUCAACUGUUUGAUGUGUCUUGCAGCUCCACGAUCGAACAAAUGCAACAAAAAGAAGAGAUCCAAAUCCCCUGGGGAACGGGGAUUGUUGGAUAUGUUGCAGAAAGCAGGGAAUCACUCAACAUCCCAGACUGCUAUCAGGAUUCCAGAUUCAAUAAUAAAGUUGAUCAAAAGACGGGCUAUACGACAAGAAAUAUGCUUUGCAUGCCUAUAUUAGACGUUGACGGUGAAGUAAAGGGCGUGGCUCAAAUAAUAAACAAGUGCGGAGGAGAAGAGCCGUUCACAGAUGCUGAUGAAAAGGUAUUUUCAAGGUAUCUCCAGUUUUGCGGAAUCGGACUGCGAAAUGCUGAACUAUACGAACGAUCCGAACUCGUAAAUAAAAGAAAUCAAGUACUUCUGGAUUUGGCACGGAUGGUAUUUGAAGAACAAAGUACAAUUGAACACAUUGUAUACCGAAUCAUGACUCAUACUCAGUCGUUACUGCAAUGUGAGAGAUGUCAAGUACUUCUGGUUGAUGAAAACACAAAGACAUUUUCAAGAGUGUUUGAUCUGGAUGUAAAUGAUAUGAAUGCAGAAAAUGCAGAUAAUAGAAAAAGUCCUUUUGAAGGUCGAUUUCCUAUAAAUGUUGGAAUCACUGGUUAUGUUGCUACAACUGGAGAGACAUUAAAUAUCCCAGAUGUGCAUCAAGAUGAGAGAUUUGAUCCUUCAGUUGAUGAAGAUAGCACAUUUCGUCAUUAUUCAGUUUUGUGCAUGCCAAUCAGAAAUGCUUCAACAAAAAUUGUUGGUGUUAGUCAACUCAUUAACAAACUUAAUGGAACUCCUUUUAACAAAAAUGAUGAGCAUUUAUUUGAGGCAUUUGCUAUCUUUUGUGGAAUGGGUAUACAAAAUACCCAAAUGUAUGAAAAAGCUAUCAAGGCAAUUGCAAAAACCAGAGUUACUUUAGAAGUUCUGUCUUAUCAUGCUACUGCUCCACAGGAAGAUGCCCAGCGAUUAAGUAAAUGUGUUAUACCAUCAACUCACGUGUAUAAACUUCAGGAUUUAAAGUUUAAUGACUUCAGUUUAAAUGAUGAAGAUAUGCUGAAAGCUUGCCUUAGGAUGUUUAUGGACUUGGAUUUAAUUGAACGAUUUCAUAUUAAUUAUGAGGUACUUUGUCGAUGGCUCCUAAGUGUCAGGAAGAACUACAGACAAGUCAUAUAUCAUAACUGGAGACAUGCUUUUAAUGUGGGCCAAAUGAUGUUUGCUGUUUUAACUAUCACCAAGUUAUGCCAUGUGUUUGGAGAAGUUGAAACUUUAGCUUUAAUGAUUGCAUGUUUAUGCCAUGAUUUAGACCAUAGAGGCACAAAUAAUUCUUUUCAGAUAAAAUCAUGUUCACCACUGGCGCAGUUAUACUCUACUUCAACAAUGGAACAUCACCAUUUUGAUCAGUGCAUCAUGAUUUUGAAUAGCGAGGGAAAUCAAAUUCUUAGUCAUCUUUCACCUGAUGAAUAUACUCAUAUUGUACAUGUGUUAGAAGAUGCAAUCUUGGCUACAGACUUAGCAGUCUAUUUUAGAAGACGAGGAACAUUUUUCAAGCUAGUCGAAUCAGGAGAUUAUAAUUGGAAAAGAGAUGACAACAGGGAACUCCUCAGGGGUAUGCUGAUGACUCUUUGUGAUAUUGCAGCAAUUACAAAACCAUGGGAAAUACAAAAAGUAGUUGCUGAACUAGUGGCCAGUGAGUUUUUUCAGCAAGGUGACAUUGAAAAAGAACAGUUAAAGAUUCAGCCAAUUGAUAUGAUGAAUCGUGAGAAAAAGGAUGAAUUACCUUUGAUGCAAGUUCGAUUCAUUGAUUCCAUAUGUGCACCUGUGUAUGAGGCUUUUGCUAAAAUUUCAGACAAGCUGAAGCCUUUAGUUACUGGUGUUCGUGAGAAUCGUAUGCAGUGGUUGAAACUGGCUGAAGCAAAAAAUCUCUGUUUGUGCAAUGAGAAGUGAUUUCUGUGUCAGAACAUUUUUCUCCGGGAUAUUCAGUAUUAAUAUUUUAUCACAUUUUGAAGAUUCUGUAGAUAUAGUUCCUGGAUUCUGAGGUGUCUUCAGACCAUUGGUUGGGAAAUAUUGUUUUAAAAGACAGAAGCUUCAAAAAGAUAUGUUCUGUCAAAAUCAUCUUCCUAGCUAUAAUUGCCAAAUAUUAUACAUUAUUGUGUAAAGACUACUGAAUUAAUUACAAAGAUGCUAUGCAUCUAUUAAUUUCAAUUUAAGUUUAUCAGAUCUGCAUUAUCAAAAUGAUAAAAAUAAAAUUUUUAAAAGAAAUUCUAAACUUUUCAUGAAAUAUAUCUUUAAUUUAAUAUAUAAAUGUUAAAGAUAAAACUUCUGUUUAUGAAAUACGUAUAUAUGGAGACAUAUCUUUACUCUUUGAACAUUUAUAUUAAAGAAGUUUUUAGAUUUUUAUGUAUUUAAAUUUUUGCCUCUUACCAAACCCCGAUUUUUAAAUAGUUCAUUUGUGUAUGUUACAAAUAAAGAAUUUGCCAGCAUUAUAUAAUAAAAGUAGCAAAUUAAAAAACAUAUAUAAUUUAUGCAUAUAUAUUUGUUCAUAUUUUGUUUAAUAAAUAUACCAAAGGUUCUUCCCCUUUGAAAUGGGUUUUAUUCCCCUGAGCCAGGAAGUUUGAAGUAGCAAUUAUAUUUUAAUGUUUUACUCUAAGGAUUAUAUAUAGGAUGAUUAGAAAAGUCUCAGUUUAAGCUGUAUUUCUUUAACUAUUGAUUCUAAAUAUGUACUUCCAACUAAAAAUGCAGUACAUAUUAUAAAAUAUAUAACUGCUGCUAUAAAAAUUAUAAGUUACACUUAUCUUUGUGAAACAUUUAGUAUUUAAUUCCAGUUUUCAUUUAAUCAUGAGAUUUUCUGAUACUUAGCAUAUAUCAGCUUAUAAUUUAAAAUAUUGUCUUUCUUGAUAUUUGUUAAUGAUCGAAAUAUUAUCAUAAUGAAUGGAAGAUUAUGACAACAGACAAUGAAACAAGUAAUUAUGGAAAUCUAUCCAAUUAGUGUUGCUGUUCAUCAGUAGGCUCCAAAACCCAUGCUGCUCAGAGAGUUCAUAUAAAGAAUUAUUUUAAAUAAUGGUUGUAUAUUAUGGUAUUCAUUAUUUUAAAAUUUCAUUGUUAUACACACAGAAAUAUGUACUUACUUACCAGUGAUUUAUAUUAUACUUGAAUAACUAUAUUUAAUAAUUAUUGUUUGUUUUUAGUGUAACAUGAUUGUUUGUAUGUAAAAUAUGCAGGUUAAAAAAAUUAUGCAUUUCAUAUUGCAUUAUAAGAAAUGUUAGUAAGAGAUUUUCAUACAUAUUUUUGUAUCUACACUUUUCUAAAUCUUUUGCAAUAGCAAUAAAAAUGAAAUAUUAAGUAUUCUUAAUAUGAACAUUAGUUUUCACAUGGUUAAAAAACUGAUUAAAAAUUUUAUGCUUAAUAGUAAUAAAUAAUAGCUUAGGAUUAUAGUGUUAUUAAUUCUUUCAAAACUGAAUGAAAAUUUAUGUUAACUGUGAUUAUUCCUCUUUUAUUAAAUUAAAUGGCAAAGCUGUGCUUUUUUUUUGAAAGUAGACUGAAUGCUAAUCCUUUUAAUAAGUUUCAGCAAGCUUUUAUAAAUAUAUAAAUCAUUGAUUUUAUUAUUAUAGAUUAAAGAUUGCCUAAAUAUACAUUGUGAUAAUAAUCUUUAUUUCAGAAUGGGCAGUUUUUAAUUAAUAAUAUAAAUAAAAAAACUCAUUAAACAACUGAAAAUGAAAUUUAGGUUCUAUAUAUUAAAUGGUAUUCUAGAAAAUACUAUGCUGAACUUGAAGCUAAGAUGAUGAGCAUAAAAAUUUAAGUAAAAUGAAUUAUAUUUGUUCAUGAGGAAAAAUCAUUAUAUAUAUAAUUUUCUCAAAAAUGCUACAUUUUUAUGAAAUAUUUAAAUUGUUCUGAUAGUGCUAGAUCUGUCAUUAAUUAUAGUAAUUUCUUUUCUAAAAAAUAUGAAGCCCAAGAAAUCUGUUAGAUAGAUGAUUUUGAGGAUUGUCAUAUGCCGAUUUAUAGGAAAUUGUUUGAAAGAUUUAGGAACUAUAUAGCAGUGGAUAUUUCUUAUUCAUAACAUUAUAUGUGUGGUCUGAAUUAUAUGUGUGGUCUGAAGCUUGUGUAACAUAUUUUUAAUAAUUUGAAAAAUCAGUUAUCAUGUGUGUUUGUUUGUUCAUAGUGAAACAUAUUUAUGUGAAAUUAAAAUUUUAUUUUGAGCUUGGGUUUUGUCCGUCCGUGUUUGAGCUAUGCCAUACUGUUCUAUCCUUACAAAACCCUAUGGUUUAUUGUGUAUUUAUUCAGAUUCCAAACCACAUCCCUUUAAAAUGUUCAAGUUAUACACAUUUUGUGUCAUUUAGAUGUGUAUUUUGCUAAUGGUGUACAAAAUGAACGUUCAUGGAUAUGCGUGUUAAAUAAUCUAAAACGUUUUAUGCUUAUUCAGGGUUUUUACUGAUUUUUUAAAGGCCUUAAAAUUUUCUGAUUGCUGAUACUUAAUUUCGAUUUGAGGUCUUUAAAUGUGUUCAAAGAAUUUUCUGUUUUUAAUUUUAAAGUUAAUCAUUAAAACUAUGAAAACUUUUUUUGACCAUUAUUUCAAAUAAUUUUUAUGUUUUGUAUGCAUUUUAUGACAGUUUACUAAAAUAUUUAAAAAUUGUUAAAGUGCUUAAAGGUAAUGCAAGCAGUAAAACAUAGAAAGGAACACUGAACUUUUUUGUUUGUUUGUGUUAUUGUUUGAGAUUUAGUUUUCUUGUUUUGUGACAGUUUUCAUUGUCCCAAUUGUUUAAUGUACAUAAAAAGCAUUAUAUAAUGUUAUACUAUACUUACACUUUUGUUUUUCAAAUUUUGGGGAACAAAAAUGUUUAUGACAGAUAGUAAUUGAAAGUUUUUUAAAAAUACCAAAAAGGGGCCAUUAGAAAUUAUUCAUUACUUUUGUGAUUUAAAAAAAGUAUGAACCCUGUAUUAAGUAUUAUAUAUAUAUUAUGAACCUUGGCGUUAAAUGUUCUUUUUUUUUUUU